GUCCAGCAUGGCGGCCUUGUACGAAGGCUACACGUUGUGUGGACUUGUUCCAUCUCGUAGUCAGUCACUUUCUGGCAUUCAGGGGAUUGAAAUAGAGCGAGACAACGAUCAUGUUAUCGUCACUGACUCGACUCGAUCUGUCACCCUCUACAAGGUGUCAGACCAGAAACCUCUUGGCAGCUGGACUGUGAAGCAAGGGCAGAGUUUAACUUGUCCAGCAGUUUACAACUCAGAGUCCAAGGAAUAUGUGGCUGUUACAGACAAAAAGGUUAUCAGGAUAUGGAAGGAUGAAGACAUGCUCCUUGAUAAGACUUUUAAAGCAACAGUGUCUUCUGAUAUCUGGCGCCUCCAUUGUGGUUGUGGAAUGGAGCCAGUUGUCCUAUUCCAAAAUGGAGCCGUAAGACUACUUGAUGCUCUCCUAACUGCACCUCAACAGACCAUAGAAGACGUCUUCACUCCGGAGGAGACCAUCAGGUGGAGCACCAACAUAGUAGCUGAGACACAACAGUUUGUCAUCUUCACGACUGAGCAGAAGGGAGAUCAUUUUGUCUACCUACAGAGACUGAAUCUCAAUGAUCUUCAGCGGUACAGGCUGGAGAGAGAGGAGCCAGGGCUUUCUCCGCUCAGCUUUUCAGCCUGCUGCAAGGAUCAGCACGUUUACCUUCUUUGUCUAUAUCCAAAUGGUAAUCUGUAUCAGAGCGUCAUCCCUGUGCGGAGUCAGGGAUCCGAUGAAGCCACUCAUGCUCUUCCCCGGAAUUUGCUUCUAAAGCUUCCCGUCAAUGAGGGUUUUUUGGAGGCAGCAUCAGUUAAGAUCCUGGACGAAGCUCACAUCGCUGUAGUUGGCGUACCACACCCCUCUGCAGGAGCUGGAAAGGACUUUCUCUGCAUUUGGAACACAAAUUUCCAGACACUUCAAGCUGGAAAAGAAAUGGCCGGAAAAAUCUAUGGGCAGUUGUGGAGUUAUUCCAACAAGUUCUUCAUUCCUCAUGGUAAAACCCUGUCGGUGAUCCCGUACGAGUGCACCAAGUCCUCCCUGGCAUCGGCACUGGGGAAAUUAAGUCAGGCCAAGACAGAAGGAUCUAAAGCUCCGGCCUCUAUUCCGUCAUGGAACACCAUUCUUCAUGGAGAAGUGACUCCACCACCAAUAGCUAUACAGACACGUGAAACGAGAACGCAACGCAAAAGUCAGUCGGCGGCCAGAUUAACGCUGGAUCAGAUUCUGGAGCUCACCAAGUCGGCUUCUGUGGAGGAGGUGCAGAAAGCAGUAGAUGGUUUCCUUUCCAGAGCAUACAUCCAGGAUUUGCAGUCUUCAGUGGGACAGCUGGCAUCAUCUAUAGUGUCUCGUAGUUUGGACGAGUCGUCCUUCUACCCUGCUGGCACGCUGGCGCAGCUCGUACGCACACAGUGUCUCUUCCACAGUGGCUGUCCGAACCUCGUGCUGCUGGCUCUGGAGAAGAAAGAUUACUUCCUCUGUCAACUCUGCCUGCAGUUUUUCCAAGAUAUACCAGAAGCCGUCACCUGCACCUGUCUCAGAGCCUUCAUUGGCAUGUCGGACACCGAGGCCAAGCAGGCAAACCUGGAUGAAGGGAGCAUCUCUUUCAUGGAAUCGCUGACCUCCUUGGAGCCGGACCAGGCUGAUCUGCAGAAUGGUUUUAGCGUGACGACUGUUGAGGACUCCAUGGAUCAAAACAGCGCAGCGGACUCUGACCGGAAGACCUCACAAGUAGAUGACAACAGCAAGUCUUUGUGUUUUCAGAAACCAGUGUGUCCAGUGGGAAUACACAAAGCUGCUCUGUUAAAUGAGAUCCUGAUGACAGCAUACAGUGACAGUUUCCUCCUCCCUCAUUUAAAAGACCUCUCAUCUCAACAUGUCAUUCUUUUUCUCCAGUAUCUCCAGUUCCUCUAUCUGAGGUACUCUCAGGAUGCUGUGCCCCAAGAUCUAGGAUUUAGGUCACCCACCCUGCCACAGAUCAUGGAUUGGGUGUGUUUGCUGUUGGACUCCCAUUUCACAGUUCUGGUGAUGAGCCCAGAAGUCAAAGACCUUCUCAUACGCCUCAAAAGCUACGUUCAGUCCCAGGUGAAAUUGUAUUCCGAGCUGGGCAAGAUUGAAAGCAGCCUCAAAGAGCUUGAUAAAAUGAAGACAAAUAAGGAUGCCGGACUGUAUUCCAUUGAAAUUAUUGAGCUGUUCUGAAUUGUCGAGCAUGUUGAGCAAUCGAUUCAAUUUCAUGAGGAUACUGUUUCUAUUUUUGCCACCUGAAUCUGUUUUGCAACGAGGCGAAACAUUUGAACAGAAGCUGUUGAAAAGUUUUGUACGUUUAUGAACUGCCAUUGGUGGAUGAUUUUAUAUAUUAAAAAGUUCUGUUCCAUUUGAGAGUGACUUGUCGGGGUUCAUUUCACCCCUAUUAUAAAUAACUUCAACAAGUAA